AUGGAGUUGAAAAAUCAAGAAAUAACUUCGUUGAAGAAUGUCGCCAGUCUGUUCGUCCGAGAGUCCACCAUACACGGCAUGAGUCAGAUGGGGAACGGCAAACUGUACCCUGGAAGAAGAUUGCUCUGGCUCUUGCUUGUGUUAAUGGCGACAUGUGGCCUAAUCGUAAUCCUCUACCUGGAUCUGAAGGCGUAUUACGUUCGACCGACGAUAGUCAAAGAGAACAUCCGCCCCGCAAACCAAGAAGACAUUCCCAGCAUCACCGUGUGUCCGCUGAAAGCGUUUGAAGGUCAGGUCAGCAAUCUCAGCCAGGUGCCGACUUUUGACCAGGCAAUCAUGCAGCACCUGAAAUACGUGGAUUCCUAUGUGGCUGCCUCGGCUCUCUCGCGGAUACACACGAAGACGCAGGGAUAUCGGCCGACUAAUAUCUCCACGUGGUUCAGAGAUCGAGCUUCUGGACAAUCUCUGGUCAACUGGACGGUGUCCAGCAAGGUGUUGAAACCCAUCGCCUGCCCCAGGUUCCAAGGGAUGCAGGUUGCUAGUCUUCCUUGCUGUGAUGACAUCCUGGAGAAGGUGCUCACGGAGGUAGGGUCCUGCUACACGAUCAACGUGACCAAAGUGUUCAAGUAUCGAUACCAGUCGGCAAAGAACAGGCGUCUGGUGGCCAUCUUCUCCCUGCACCUGGAGCCGGAUUUCCAAACGUUCCCAGUCAGUGGGAUACAGGUCAUAGUUCAUAACCAGAACGAGCCGCCAUUGCCGACACUGAGAGGAGACUUUGUUGAUUUAGACACGAUUACUACGAUUAAAGUGGAGAAAACUCAGCGUACAUCUUUAUCCUACCCCUACAAAUCGUUUGGGACCGCAUCGUGCCUCCCUGAGACCUCGACCAAGUUUACCGACCCGAUACAUCGAUAUCGGCGCCAAGAUUAUUCCUACACAGUGGAGACGUGUGAAAUGGAAUGUCUCGUCAAUUACACGGUGAACGCCUGUGGGUGUCGACAUCCGUGGUAUCCAGGAAUGGAAGAACUGUGCAGUAUUAUGGAAAUAUACAGCUGUAUCAUCAACAUACGAAACCAUUACAGUACUGAAAAUGACUCGAACUGUAACUGUCCUCACGUCUGCUCUACGACCACGUUCACCACGACAAUCACCACCAACACGAUGAAGACUCCAAACUUCAAUCUGCCGCAAGAAGAAAACAACCACGGCGUGGACUUUGAGAAGAACUGCAUGCGCGAAAUGUUAAACGAAUGGGAUCCGCACGAAUCGCUGGUCAUUCUGGAUGUUGUGCUGCCAAAGACAGUACGAGAUACGAUACAAGUUCCAUCUGAAAACCUGUUAGAUAUUCUGUCAUCAUUUGGUGGAUUAGUUGGACUCUUCCUGGGAUUAAGUUUGUUGUCUCUUGUUGAAGUGGUGGAAUUUCUGUUUCUACUUGUAGCAAAUCUAGCCAAAAACCGAAAGCCUAAAGUGAAAACCACCAACUUGACUUGUAAUGGGGAAGAGUGCGGCACAAGAAACACUGAAUCCGUGAUUGUGAGAGAUCCAGUCUAUUUUUGA